UAUAACACAAAAGCCGGAUCCACAGAAACCGAAUAUGUCUACUGCAGAAAUUCAAGAUUAUUUAAAGACAGCUAUAGAAGUUGCCAAGGAGGCAGGGGAGGUAGUAAGAGAAGCCUUUUACAAAGAGAAAUCAUUACAGACAAAAAGUAACUAUGCUGACUUAGUGACAGAAACAGAUCAGGCUGUAGAGAAACAGAUAAUAAACUCAUUUAAAGAAAAGUACCCAACUCACAAAUUUAUAGGUGAGGAAUCAGUAGCAGGUGGUCAUAAAACAGAAUGGACAGAUGACCCCACAUGGAUCAUUGACCCAAUAGAUGGAACAACUAACUUCGUACAUCAAAUACCACAUACAUGUGUGUGUAUAGGACUAUCUAUUAAAAAACAGAUGGUAGUAGGUGUGGUUUAUGCCCCAAUUUUAAAUGAAAUGUAUACAGGAGCAAGAGGACAGGGAGCGUUCUGUAAUGGUGAACGUAUAUCUACUUCACAACAAAAUGACCUGAAGCAAGCUAUUAUAUAUUUAGAAGGAGGGUCUUCAAGAGAACCAGAUGUAUUAAGAAGAAAAUGUAAUAUUUAUCAUAAAGUCCUGCAGACUACUCGUGGGACGAGAACAUUAGGUUCAGCAGCAAUGAAUAUGGUAAAUGUGGCUAAAGGAAGUGGCGAUGCUUAUGUAGAAUAUGGUUUACAUAUCUGGGACUUUGCUGCAUCAGGGGUGAUACUUAUAGAGGCUGGUGGUGCAAUGAUUGAUCCCUCAGGUGGUCCAGUAGAUUUCCUUAGUAGAAGAAUUUUAUGUGCAUCAUCACAACCUUUAGCAGACCAGUUAUCUACAACCAUCCCAGAACAUAUAGAAAUGGAGAGAGACUGAAAAUUGGAGACUUAAGCAAUCAAUGUUACAUUUAGAAAAAAAACAUAGCGAUUAAUAUGAAGAUAGAUUAGGGUGGUGUUCCUGGUUAAUUCUAGUGCAAAACAAAAAUGCAUUACCAUCAGUAAUGGUUAUAUGGUGAUUUAUAGAAAUCCUUUUUUACCUUAACUAUAAUCAGAGACUUAAGCAAUAUAUGAUACAUUUAGAAAAAACAUAGGGGCACCAGUAUGAAAAAAAAUUAAAGUUGAUUUUCCUGGUUAAUUCUAGUGGAAUUAAACAUCCUUUACAAUCAGUGAAGGACAUAUAGGGAUCUGAAGAAAUCCAAUUUUAGCUCAACUGACCUUGUUAGCUUUUAUUAUUGUUUGGUGUCUGACCUGCAUGGUCUAGCUUUAACACUGUUAAUAAUCUUUUCCUGUAUAACUACUUAGCCUAAACUUGACCUGAAUAAGUUUUAUCAGGUCCACUUUAAAGUUGGUAGUUUUUUCCAUGCUGACCAACCAAAUGAAUAACUGGCAUAGCUUACUAUAAAUAAAAUUACAGCCAUUUUAAUUUGAUGCUCUAUCUUUUUGAAUUUCAGUAGUAUUAUUAAGUGAAUGCCCUAGAUACUUGCCUUGUAAGGACUCAUCUUCAUAAUGGAUUUCUAAAAUGGGUUGAAUACUGCAUUUUUAUGAUUGAUUGUAAAAUGACAGUGGGUAUUAUUCAGGUGAUCAAUUUAGGAAUCCUGGACCUGUAUUGUUGGGGUUUCUAUCUUAUUAAUAUUUUCCUCAUAUCUUUUAUUAAUUUUGAUGGAGUCUUCUGUUAGUUGUUAUAGUUUUAUGUUGUUAAUGUUAUAUCUACUAUUUCAUAGAAUGAAACAAUAUUUAUUAAAUAUUUUAUGGUCAACUUUUUUGUAUGUGCUUCAUUUGUAGAGAUUGGUAUUUUAUGUAUAAUAAUAGUAAAACAAAGACACCAUUA